AGGUGUCCGUGGCAAAUGCCAGACCGGAUGUCUUUCCCAUCCCUGCAAAUCCCGAGCGGGCGUGGGACAGGCGGCCCACAUGCCAGGCCCAACGAGUCGAACGCGGAACUAGGGAGCAGGCGGUGGCAGGCGCUGGGCUGUGGCUCAGCAGGCCUAGCCUGGCUUUGGGCCUCCGGCCUCUCAGCCGGGGCCUCUGCGCCUGCGCCCGCCCGGCAGCUGCCUGGUCUCCCAGCGCGCCGCGGUCCCGGCUGCCGCGCGCCGCCUGGGUGUCUGGGCGAUCCAUGGGCUGCAGCGAGGGCCGCGAUGACAGAUUACGGCGAGGAGCAGCGCAACGAGCUGGAGGCUCUGGAGUCCAUCUACCCUGACUCCUUCACAGUAUUAUCAGAAAAUCCACCCAGCUUCACCAUUACUGUGACAUCUGAGGCUGGAGAAAAUGAUGAAACUGUCCAGACUACCCUCAAGUUUACAUACAGUGAAAAAUACCCAGAUGAAGCUCCCCUUUAUGAAAUAUUCUCUCAGUUAAAUCUAGAUGAUAAUGAUAUCUCAGACAUUUUAAAAUUAUUAGCAUUACAGGCAGAAGAAAACCUUGGUAUGGUGAUGAUCUUUACUUUAGUGACAGCCGUGCAAGAAAAAUUAAAUGAAAUAGUAGAUCAAAUAAAAACUAGACGAGAAGAAGAAAAAAAACAAAAAGAAAAAGAAGCAGAAGAAGCUGAAAAGCAAUUAUUCCAUGGCACUCCUGUUACAAUUGAGAAUUUCUUAAGUUGGAAGGCCAAGUUUGAUGCAGAACUCUUGGAAAUUAAAAAGAAACGAAUGAAAGAAGAAGAACAAGCAGGAAAAAAUAAAUUAAGUGGGAGACAGCUAUUUGAAACAGAUCAUAAUCUCGACACAUCUGAUAUUCAGUUCUUGGAAGAUGCUGGAAACAACGUGGAGGUAGAUGAGUCCUUGUUCCAGGAAAUGGAUGACUUGGAGCUGGAGGAUGAUGAGGAUGAUCCAGACUACAAUCCUGCUGACCGGGAGAGUGACUUGACUGACUAAUGGACUAUCCCGUCUUCAGAGAGGCUUGACUGCCAUAGCAUCUGUGGCUGUGCUAAGAGGGUGUUGAUUUUCCUUUCUUUUUUCUAAGAAAAAAUAAUUUUCAGGAGAAUAUUCUUCUGAUGGCUUUCAUCAUUGAACUUAAUAAACUGAUCUUAAAAUUUCAGAUAU